AUGGCAUCGGCGACCAUAACUGCAACUAUCGGCACCGCAACUGCGACGCUGUUGAUGGUGUACCCUCAUGGCGGCAUCACCGACGCAGAGCUUAAGGCCGAGCUCCUCGUUAUCCAGAGCUGGUCAUGGUUCGUCGUGUUUAAUAGUAAUGGCGCUGACAUAGGCGGAAAGCUCCCAAACUCAACAGCUUCGUUCCCAGUCUCUGUGAUGCUGGCUACGUGCAUGAGCGACCUGCAUGUGUCCACAACCAGUCCGACGGAGCGGGUCCACAUUACAGGCCGUCUUAGCACUGCAGCGGCGUGGGCGCUCAACCCGAGGGAGAAUAACAGCUGCGUGCACAUCUACACGAAGAACGACACCCUUGCAGAUGGUUAUGACAGUUGGCUCCUGAAGAAUAAGAGCAAGAGCAAGCUUUCGAGUGCCGAUAUUCAAGCUAAGGUGACGGCGGCACUGGCAAACAAUCGCGGGGUGUUGGGACAGGGAAACCUUGCUUGA